AUGGUGCACAGAGUGGCAUACCAGGCAGGGAUAGUCAGUGAGGAAGGGCCCCUGCGCGUGAAUAUGGCCCUGGAGCUGGUGUGUGCGUGCAUGGUGGAGGUCGGCCAGAAGCUCGCAACUCUCGACUGCAAUGGAGGCCCCAUCGACGUCACAGCCCACCAGAUGAAAUCGGCGGACCCACUGAGACUGAAGGGCAUCAUCCGCCUCAAUGGGGGGUGUUCUGGCGCAUGGCAGGUGGACGAGGCAUUCUACAGGUUCUUCGAGUCGCUGAUUGGCACCGAAGAGGAGCAUGCACUAUGGGAAAUGGCGGCGGUUGGGGACGCGAGCUGA